AUGGCAUACGCACAAUGGGUCAUCAUUAUCAUCCACAACGUCGGAUCUCAAGACGUGAAGAUCAAGAACCUCAAGGCUUCCUGGGGGAAGCUUCACGCUGACGGUGACAAAGACGCUGAAGUCUCAGCAAGCAACUACGAAGGAAAGAUCAUCAAGCCUGACGAGAAGCUCCAGAUCAACGCCUGCGGCAGAUCAGAUGCCGCCGAAGGCACGACCGGAACCUUCGAUCUUGUCGACCCUGCCGAUGGCGACAAGCAGGUCCGCCACUUCUACUGGGACUGCCCCUGGGGCAGCAAAACCAACACUUGGACCGUUAGCGGCUCCAACACCAAGUGGAUGAUCGAGUACUCUGGGCAGAACUUGGACAGCGGUGCCCUCGGCACCAUCACCGUCGACACCUUGAAGAAGGGGAACUAA